AUGGAGACCGCGUACCUGGAGUCCGUGCUGUCCGGUGCGACGGCGACGCCUGCUGAGCUGCGCCCGUACUAUGAGUCGUUCGCCGAUCUGCACUCUAAGCGGCUGUGGCACCAGCUGACGCAGCAGAUCGAGGCGUUCCUGCGGCACCCGGCGUCUCAGCAGCGGCCGCUGCACAUUGACCUGUACGAGCACUUUGUCAAGCGCUUCGCGCAGCAUGUGAACCACCUCAAGCUUGCGCGCUUUGGCGUGAUCGUAUCGCGGCAGUACGCGGAUGCAUCUGAGGCGCUCGCAUUCCUGCAGGCGCUCGCGCGCGAGCACGACGUGCCCGAGAAGCAGGACGCCUUCGUGCUGCUGACGAUGGAGGCGGCGCACUUCCAGCUCCUCCUCGGGGACCUCGAAAGCACCAAGGCGGCUAUGGACCGGUGCUCCAAGAUCCUCGACACCUUUGACGCGGUCGAGCCGCAGGUCCACGCCUCGUUCUACCGCGUGUGUGGCGACUACCACAAGGCGCGCGCCGAGUACGCGGACUACUACCGGAACACGCUGCUGUUCCUCGCAUGCAUCCACGUCGAUACGGACAUGAGCGCGAGCGAGCGCGUGCAGUGCGCGCAUGACCUCGGCAUCUCCGCGCUGCUGGGCGAUACCAUCUACAAUAUGGGCGAGCUCCUGCUGCACCCGAUCCUCGCGGCGCUGCGCGACUCGGAACACGCGUGGCUUUCUGACAUGCUCUUCGCGUUCAAUGCGGGCGACAUCGGCCGCUUUGAGGCGCUGCUCCCCCACGUGCAGCAGACGCCCAUCCUCGCGGCGAGCGUCCCGUUCCUGCGCCAGAAGAUCUGCCUUAUGGCGCUCAUGGAGAAUGUGUUCCGCCGCCCGACCAACGACCGCACACUCUCGUUCGCGACGAUCGCCGCCGAGACGCGCAUCCCCGUGGACGAGGUCGAGCACCUCGUGAUGAAGGCGCUGUGUCUCCAGCUCCUCCACGGCUCCCUCGACGAGGUGGCGCAGCUCGUGCGCAUCACGUGGGUCCAGCCGCGCGUCCUGGACGCGGCGCAGACGCAGGCCCUGUUCGAGCGCCUGGAGCAGUGGAGCGACCGUGUGCAGCAGGUCGCGCAGUUUGUGCAGGCGCAGUCGCCCGAGCUCCUCGCGCCCGCCCGUGGAUAG